AAUUAUUCGAAGUUUAUUCUAAAGCAAAUGACAGAAAAACAAGUUGAUUAAUAGAGUUAGUCUGCUUUAAAUUAGGAUGCAAACAAUGAAGAUUAAGUUUAAAAGGACUAAAAAUAGCUUCUUUCAAAGUAAAACCUAGAACAAAAUGCUGAAAAUGGUUAAAAUUCUGAAAUGGAUUAGGCUCAAUUGUAGCAUUAGAAUAACUCUCAGUCUUAAAUACAUAAAUAAUUGUCUCCAACUAAGCAAAGUUCAAUGAAUGAUCAUGUUUAAAAUUUGAGUCAAGCUAAUUUAGAGCAAGAAGAUAAGAAAUAAGAAGCCAAUACUGAAAAAAACGAUUAGAAUCCUAGCUAGAUAAAAGACUCAAAUAAUAAUUUAAAAGAAUAAACUAAGAUAUCUCAACAUUAAUUAGGUACUCAUAACUCUUUAGAGGAGCUACAAAAUAAAAUUUCUAAUUAAAGCACAAAAUAAGACUUAAAGAAUGGAGAAGGAGCUAUCAAAACAUAAAACAGCUACUUAAAUAAAGAAAAAGAAGGAAAUUUGACUAACAGAAAGUCAAAGGAGCUUCCACCUUUAAUAAAUGAAAAAUUUCAUAAAACGGGAAAUUCAUCAACAUCUCAUUUAAGUGCAUCAAAAUAUUCAGAAGGAGCUAGUUUAGGUAGAGUACUUGGAGAAAUGAAGAGAAAUAGGAAAUAAGCAGAAAUAGAAUCUGCUAUACUAAGCGGCAGGAUAGCCUUACUUAAGUAAGAAGAAAUAAAUAGCCGUAAAAAGAUAUUUUAAACAAAAAAGUAGACAUUUGAGUAUUACUUGCUUAAGAAAUCAAAUGAAGAGCUUUAAAAUUAAAAAAAAAAAGACUAAAGUGAAGAAUAAGAAAAGUUAAAGAUUAAGUAAGAAGAAAAUGAACGUUUUAGAUUGAAAAAGCGUGAUGAUAGAGAUUUAGCAAGAAACGAAUAACUUAAUACAAAUAAGUCUCAUUACAAUACGGUGAAAAAAUAAUUAUAAGAAGACGAAGAGAAAAGAAAGUUGUAUUUAGAGAGAUAAGCUUUGGAAAACUAAAAGAAAAAAAUGUAUAUUUAGUAGCAACUAUUAAAAGGCAGUCUUCGUGUGACAGAAUAUAAAAAUAAAUAAAAUGAAAGGUAACUUGAAAAUUACCGUAAAUAAAUUUAGGAAGAAGAAUAUUUGAAACAGUAAAAGCAGUAUGAAAUUUAUCAAAUGGAGCAACUCGAGCUCAGCCUCAUUAAAAAGUUGCAAGCAACUUAAUAAAUUUAAAGAAAAUGCUUUGAAGAAUUAUAGGGAGUUAUAACAUUAAAGACUAAUGAAUUUAAAGAUCAAUAUAAGCCUGUCUUUUCAAGAAAAAAAGUGUACAAAAUGAUCAUGAGCUAAACUUAAUAGGUUUUGAAAUAAGAUGAUAAAAUAGAAUCAGCAACCGAUAGAAAAAUGAAUACUCAUUAAAGUUUAGAAAAUUUAGGAGCUCCCAUUUAAGCUGAAAAUAAAAAAAUAAAUUCUUAAGAUAAGUUAAAUGAUAUAGUAAAUAAUUAGGAAAAUACACCAAGCUCCAAAUAAUAAAUGCCUUCUUCCAAUGAGAAUUAAAGCAAAGAUGAAUAAAAAACUGAUAAUCCCGAUAUUUAGUAAGAAAGGAAAUAGUCUCAAAAUGAUUUAAACAGUAAUCAUGUUUCAUCUUUAUAGAAAAGUAAUUUAAAAAUAACCGAUGGAAUAGAAGAGGAAGAACAAGACAAAAAAAAGAGAAAGAAAAGCAAAUCAAAAAAAAGAAAAGUUAAAAAAAUAAUAAAAGAGUAUCCCGAUUUUGUUUUCUGA